CAGGUCAUUCAACCAUGUCUGGUGGCGGAAAGGAUCGUAUUGCUGUGUUCCCUUCGCGAAUGGCCCAAACGGUCAUGAAAACGCGUCUGAAGGGAGCUCAGAAAGGUCACUCACUACUGAAGAAGAAGGCUGAUGCCCUGAAUAUGCGUUUCCGUGAUAUUUUGAAGAAAAUCGUAGAGAACAAGGUGCUUAUGGGCGAAGUAAUGAAAGAAGCUGCGUUUUCCCUAGCAGAAGCGAAAUUCACGGCCGGCGACUUCUCACACACCGUCAUUCAGAAUGUUUCACAGGCACAGUAUCGUGUUCGUAUGAAGAAAGAAAACGUUGUCGGUGUUAUGCUACCAGUCUUUGAAGCUACUGCAGAAGGACCUGAUGCGUAUGAUCUGACAGGUCUUGGAAAAGGAGGAGCUAACAUUGCUAAGCUGAAAAAGAAUUACAAUAAGGCCAUUGAACUUUUGGUAGAACUUGCCACCUUACAAACAUGCUUCAUUACUCUGGAUGAGGCUAUCAAAGUCACCAAUAGGAGAGUCAACGCUAUCGAACAUGUGAUCAUUCCGCGUAUCGAAAACACACUGUCCUACAUUGUUACGGAGCUGGAUGAAAUGGAAAGAGAAGAGUUCUUCAGAAUGAAGAAGAUUCAAGCAAACAAGAAGAAACAGAAGGAGUUAGAAGCAAAGGAACGUGGUAUACGAAUCGAAGAAGCUGAAAGAGCUGAAACCCAGGCGAGAAACCUACUAGCGAAUGAAGACGACCUUCCUGUUUUAUUUAAUUAGUACUUUUAGUCAACCUUUCUUGCUAUGUAUGCUUUUUAUUUUUGUUCAUACGAAGUUAGAUCCCUUUGCUUGCCCAGUCAUUUCAAGUCACCUUAUCAGGCGACAUGUUGGCUCAGGAUUGCUUACCGACCAGUGACGUAAGAGCCACUGUUGAAUGCACUUUGAUCCUGUUAAUUCCCACAGUGUAGAUAAGUAGGUAAAAUAAGUUCACUAGAUCAUUUGGUUGUCGAGCCGCGCUGUGAUGAAAGGUUGUAUAAUUUUGUAAGAGUCGUGAUAUUC